AUGCCUCUCACUUGUUUCUGCCCCAGAGGUCGCAGCGAGCCCAAGCAACUGGAGCUCGCAGCCAGUGCGGACGACCGACGAGCGAGCACUGGCACUCCUGCGCUGCAAGGGCGGAAGGCACAACCAGCAGCAGCUCCGUGUGCUCCCCCACCACUUCCACCACCACCCUCCACCCUCCUCAGCGAGAGCGAGAGAGCUAUCUUCGUCCGGCAGUUCAGGCAGGUGCGUCUCCUCACUCAAGAGCGAUCGAUCGAUCGAUCGGUCGCCCGCCCGCCCGCUCGUCCUUUAACCGACGACCGCAUUAUGAGCGGCGACAUCCCGGGCUCCCCCGAGUACCCGCGCGCGCCCACCGUGGCCUCGCAAUGGCCCGCCGACGUGGACCUGGACGCGCUGUACCUGUCGGAGCGCGCCGAGGUGGACGAGCUCGUGCGCAGCGCGUCCGACAUGAGCGUCUGGGCCGUAGAGAACCGCAAGGACAACGCCAUGGUCUACCUGCACUCCAAGAACAGCGAGCGCCUGUCCUACUCGGUGCGCGCCGUGACCAAGGUCACCGGCUCCGUGUCGGACGUGCUCGAGUGCCUCCGCUCCGCGGACAACGCGAGCCUGAGAGGCUUCCAGAAGCUGCUGCACCCGCGCAACUUCCUGGACGGCGAGGUGCUGCACGCGCACCACACGGACCCGGCCUCUACGCACGACGGCGCGUCGGUCGAGUCCAUGACGCUCAAGUGGCUCGUGUACUCGUCGCCCAAGACCCUGGGCCGCUCCAAGGAGUUCUGCAUCCGCGAGUACUGUGUGCUGCUGCCUAACCACCCCGUGCACGGCAACGUGGGCGUGUUGAAGUUCGAGUCGUAUGACGGCGCAGCUGCGCAGUAUGGUAUUCGUGGCAAGCCCGACGCCUACAGCUUGACGGUGUUCGAGCCCAGCUCCUUCGUGGUGCAGCAGACCCCCGAGGACCCCAACAUGGUCAACGUCAUGUGGACGUUCGCAAUGCGGAAAGCGCGAGGAGGCGAGAGCGUUUCGGCCGGCGUUCGCCUCACCUCGCUCCGACUGGCUGGCGAUCUGUCCGGCAUGCAGAAGGCGGUGCAGCAGGCUUUGUUUGCUCCGGCAGCGUUGGCGCAACGUCAGGAAUGGGUGAACGACGCGCAGCGAACCAACUGCUCGCUCUGUGUGCAAUCUUUCAGCAUGUUGAAGCGACGUCAUCACUGCCGCGUGUGCGGCGAGGUGGUCUGCUCCGCGUGUACCGUGUUUAAAAUGGUCAAGGGAGAUCAGGAAGUGGCGGCCAAAGUGCGAGUGUGCAAGGCCUGUUUGGCGAAGAGUGCCAGCUCGAACGGCAUCGUCACGAACGCGUUCGCGAACCAGAACUUUGGCAGCACCAUGGCCCCAGGAUACGCGAACCCGCCCGCUCGGAUGCUCAGUAGCAAUGGCACCGAGUUGGAGGUGAAUAGCGGACUGGGAAACAUGCCACCUCCUAAUGGCGUGGGUAUCGGCACGAGCGUCGGCAGUACCAGUUCACUGACCUCGGAUGAGUCACACAGCCCGCCCAACGACAACCCCGCGUCGGCGUCUCCUCCGACGAUGAUGGCCAACAACAAGAGUUUGUCCCUGAACGACUUUGAAUCGGCGUCACAGAUGAGUGACGAUGGAAGUAGCAGCCCCCCGUCCUACCACAAGCAAACCUCCUCUGUGUCAAGUCAAGGCAGAGGGACGGGCUACGAAGGUAGGCCGAUUGGUUCCAUGGGUAGAACCGCGUCCAAUGCUAGCAUUGCAACCAGCAGGAAAAAGAGCUCCGAUCGCCGUAUCCAUUAUUUCAACGAGGACAUGGAGGAGAUCUGCAUGCUGGCGAUGGAGACGUUGACUUGCCCCAUGGCAGGUAUUCGCACCGAAGAUUUCGAGCUCGUGAGGUACUAUGACGGCAAGCCGGGGCCGGGCCUACCUCGAAGUCUGCCGACCUUCCGACGACUGGCGACUCGCGGCAAGCCGUGCAUCGUGCUCGAUGUGAGCUCGGACAAGCGGAUUUCGGGCGAAAAGCGUUUCACAGCCAAGCUGCAGUUCUUCGUGGGUAUUCCGUUGCUCGUUAACGGUGAAGUGGUUGGCGAUUUGUGCGUUGCGGACCGCUACGCCCGUGACAACAUCGACCACAAGCAGGUGGAGGUGCUCAACGUGUUGGGCGAGACUGUGACUCAGUAUAUGCAAUCGGACGAGUAUCAGGAGGACCUUAUGGAGUUCAAGGCCACACACUUGGCGCGCAGGCCCCCUACGAGUGGCUCUGUAUCCCAGCCAGCAGAUGAUGAAGCCCCGCCACGAAGCACCAAGGAAGUUGCGUUUUAA